UUGCGCCAUAAACGUUUCGCUGCUCGUAACGCCACAACGCUCGACGUUUCGCAGCGGCCUUCGCUUUCGCUUCUCUUCUCGCGCGUAAAGCGGUCGCCCCAAAACAACAAAAGCAAAAUAUAGGAACAACAAGCAACGAAAAAAAUACUAAGGAAAACCCCCGUCAGACAGACAAAACUCAAAGUCUCCAACGACUCAAAGCGCCGCCGUCGCUGCCUCAGCCGCUGCUGCCGCCAACGUCGCUGCCCGCGCCGGCAGCAAGAAUUACCAAUUACACGAAAUUUUUAUACUCUUUUAAAAAUUUCGUUUUAUUAUAAUAUUUAUUAUCGUGGCGCGCAGUAGUGUCUGCGGAACUCAGCUCUCCACUCUUUGGAUUCUCGGCCCUGCGAUUCCGAAUCGGAUUAUACGACUAUACGGCGCUCCGACGCUGCGACUGGCCACACGAUUCAGUUUCCGAUUCGCCGUGUUUAUUGUUCCGUUUCGGCCGCCGGCUUAUUGUCACUUAACUGUUAUAGAGCGCAUAAAAAGAUAUAGUACUGUGCGAGAAAUCCGUACCGAGAAGCCGAAAAAAACCUACCGAAAACUGUCAAAACACUCGGUUUAUAACUCUCUCUCGCUCUGUGUGCGGUGCAUAAAAAUUAAAAAGCCAUAAAGUUGACAUCGUAAAUGGUGGUUCGCCUGUUCCAGAGUUCGAUAGUUCUACCUGCAAAGUGUUUUAUGGCAUUUUAAACAAAGUAAUUAAAGCAAAACGCAGGGAGAAAGCAUUUCUCCGGCCACACACACACGCCGCCACACUCACGCACACUCACUUGAGAAGUCGUUAAAGGCCGCAGGGAAACUCGCUCUGCCAUAAAAACACCAGAGUGCCAUUAAAAAAGAUCGCGCGCCUAUAAAUCACACGUACGAAAUCCCGCCGGCACAACGUCCAUUCGAAUUUCCGCGUAAUUGAUGGCCGCAUUUUAAUUGCCUUUACAACAAAUAAAAGAUACACACACGCCCCAAGCACACACACACCACAGCUGCCACAACAACGCAACCCGAGACCAUAUGCAAAUUUAACAAAUUUCGUUGUGAAUUCGCCAGCUUCGAGCGAAAAAAGAACAGAGAACAGAGAGUCAGAAAAGCUGCAAAUACAGGCUGCUCGCCAAAAGUUCGCUAGAGAAAACCCGAGAAAGCUAUCGACACAGAUAAAAAUAAAAUUAAAUCGAUCUCGAGAAACGAAAAAAGAACUAAAAGUGGACUGAACGAAGUUCCGAAGACUCGAUCCUCGGCCAGAGAGCAAGAUAUGUGCAAUGUCAAAAUUUGUUUUCGAUAGUAUGCUGCCAAAGUAUCCACAGUUCCAGCCGUUUAUCAGUUCGCACCACCUAACCACCACCCCCCCGAAUUCGUCAUCUGCAGCAGUUGCCGCCGCCCUAGCCGCCGCCGCCGCCUCUGCCUCCGCCAGCGUUUCAGCCAGCAGCAGCAGCAAUAGCAACAGCAACAACAACAACAACAACAACGGCAGCAGCAGCAGCAACAACGCCAGUGGCAGCAACACGAGCCACAUCAACAACAACAGCAGCAGCAGUCCCAGCAGCAGCAGCAACCACAACAGCAACCUCAAUCUGAGCGGAGGCUCCCUGUCGCCCAGCCACUUGAGCCAGCACCUGGGCCAGUCGCCCCACUCGCCGGUGUCCUCGUCGUCGCCCUUCCAACAGCACCACCACACACAGGUGCAGCAGCAGCACCUGAACCUGAACCACCAGCAGCAGCAGCACCUGCACCACCAGCAGCAGCAGCACCACCAGUACUCCUCGCUGUCCGCCGCCCUCCAGCUGCAGCAGCAGCAGCACCACAUCAGCAAGCUAGCCGCCGCCGCCGUCGCCUCGCACGGCCACGCCCACCAGCAACUGCUGCUCACGCCCCCGUCGGCGGGCAAUUCGCAAGCGGGCGACAGCAGCUGCUCCCCCUCGCCCUCGGCAUCGGGCAGCUCGUCGCUGCACCGCAGCCUCAACGACAACUCGCCCGGCUCCGCAUCCGCGUCCGUGUCCGCAUCCGCGGCCAGCUCCGUAGCCGUCGCUGCAGCCGCCGCCGCCGCCGCGGCCAGCUCCUCGUUUGCCAUCCCCACCAGCAAGAUGUAUCCGUACGUGUCGAACCACCCGAGCAGCCACGGAGGCCUCUCCGGAAUGGCCGGCUUCACAGGCUUGGAGGACAAGUCCUGCAGCAGGUACACGGACACCGUGAUGAACAGCUACCAGUCGAUGAGCGUACCUGCCUCGGCAUCCGCGCAGUUCGCGCAGUUCUAUCAACACGCCACCGCCGCCGCAUCGGCGGUAUCGGCGGCCAGUGCCGGAGCGAUCGGAGUGGACUCGCUGGGCAACGCCUGCACACAGCCCGCCUCCGGGGUGAUGCCGGGGGCAGGGGGCGCGGGCGGAGCCGGCAUCGCCGAUCUGCCCAGGUAUCCCUGGAUGACGCUGACAGACUGGAUGGGAAGCCCCUUCGAGCGUGUCGUUUGCGGCGAUUUCAACGGCCCCAAUGGCUGCCCCCGGAGACGCGGUCGCCAGACCUACACUCGCUUCCAGACGCUCGAACUGGAGAAGGAGUUCCACUUCAACCACUACUUGACCCGGCGGAGGCGCAUAGAGAUUGCCCACGCCCUCUGCCUGACCGAGCGACAGAUUAAGAUCUGGUUCCAGAACAGGCGCAUGAAGCUGAAGAAGGAGUUGCGCGCCGUCAAGGAGAUAAACGAACAGGCGCGACGCGAUCGCGAGGAGCAGGAGAAGAUGAAGGCCCAGGAGACGAUGAAAUCCGCCCAGCAGAACAAGCAAGUGCAGCAGCAACAGCAGCAGCAGCAACAGCAACAGCAGCAGCAACAGCAGCACCAGCAGCAGCAGCAACAGCCGCAGGACCACCACUCGAUCAUCGCACACAAUCCGGGCCACCUGCACCACUCGGUGGUGGGUCAGAACGAUCUCAAGCUCGGCCUUGGCAUGGGCGUGGGCGUUGGCGUCGGCGGCAUUGGGCCGGGCAUUGGCGGCGGACUCGGUGGCAAUCUGGGCAUGAUGAGCGCCCUGGACAAGAGCAAUCACGACCUGCUGAAGGCGGUCAGCAAGGUCAACUCCUAAGCUGACCCCGCACCACCGUCGCCGUCGCCGCCGCCGAGCCAACGAGCCAAUCUUCCACCAGCCGCACCACUAGCUCCACUAGCACCAACACCACCACCGCCGCAGGAUCACCGCCAGGAUCAGCUGGUCCGGCGUUCUUUUUCAUCUCCUAGCGAGAUAGCAAGCUGAGCAGCAGAAGAUAAACUCGAUAACUAAAAUACGUAAAGUUUUACAUAGUAAAUAGUUGCAUAAGUCUACCAACCUACAUACACGCGAAUGAGUGGGUUCGCUGGCCCAGGGGCGGAGCACAGGAUGGGGAUUGGAUCAGGGGUUUCUUCUGAGGUUUUCCCGCUUGCCACUGCACUAUUUGAUAGUGCCACGCUUGCGAUUACCUUCCAGAUCUCCAGUGAGAGCAGUUGUGUAUCCAUAUUCUUCCAUACUUUCCCCUUCACGCAGGCCAACCCCUAAAGUUGGCCAUUCAACCCCCAGGGCCCGGCGAAGAGCGCCUGGGCCAGUAGAGCCCCCGGUAAUAUUAAAGGAUAACUUGAACUACUUAGAAUAGCGGUACAUGCUUAAGGCAGGAGUUGCAGGAGACGCGAUCCACAUAAAUGAAUAUUGACGAAAUGAGCGAUUUUUGAUAGUCAGAGACCCCGUUGCCAGCCAUCGACCCAUUUCCCAGGGAAUCGGUCCUUGGCGGAGGGCGACUCGAGGAGGGGGUUCGAGUGUAAAAUUAUUUGCGACUGCUGUAGGAUAACCUAGUUCGAUACUUAGAGCCACGUUCGACUAUGUUAAAUACAUAAAUAUAUGGAUAUGCUUACAGAUUACAGAAUACAGAUUACAGAUUAAAGAUACUUACCUAUAGAGUUAUAGAGCGUACGUUUUGUAUCUACCUAUUUAUUGGAGAAUUUAUGUUUAUGUUUUUCAAAAAAAAAAAAAAGAAUAAGAAACCCUCUUCCAAUGUUUUGUUUAAGUGAUGUGUUUACUGUGUGUUUGCUGUAUUUUGUUGUAUGCCAACGCUUGAAUACAAUGAUUUCUUCAAUGCCAUAUUAAUCUUAAUUCGAAAGCAAGUAAGCCAGUAAGCGAAACCAUUGCGCAAAUAUUUCCAUAAAUACCAGUUGUAAGAAACGAACGGUAUGCAACAUACCCAAAAGCAUAAUCACGAUUUCAAAUACGUAAUAAUAAUAAUGAAGCAAGAAACUAAAUUGCAGUAAGGAGCCGAGAAAUUAAAUGUCGUUUGCCAGUGACUAAAAUUUUAAAUUAACUACGAUUAAGUGAGGAAACUAGAGGGCGUCGAUUGAAAGGCCUGCAGAUCUACAAAUCGAAAAGAAAAUAACAAGCAGAAAGGAAACUCUGAAAUACGUAUUAGCUUAAGGUUGCAACAACAGACGAACUGUCGACGAAGGCCAAGAUGUGAGGGGAGGACGAGGACGGGCGACAGAACCCAUAUACGUAGAUUUCAGCUUCCCGAAAUUAAAUUUACCUAGCAUGGUCCCGCGCGGACUGCAAGUUGAAUUAAAGUCAAAAUCUAUUUAUUAUACACAACCGGAGCGGAGGGCUUACACAGCGCGUAUUUACAUAAACAAUUAUUGACAACAAAUAUAUAUGAACGAAUAUAUUACAAAUAUAUACAACUAUGAACUUAUAUGUGUAUGUAUAAAUACCUAAAUGUAUGUGUAUCUAGUAUGGUUAACACUAAAAGCAGUCGAGUCAGAGUUAAAGUCACGUUUUGCCCAAGAACCGGACACCACCAAAAAUCAGCAUCCCCAGACAUCCCAGCGCACAUCCCUUUCUCCAUGGAACUAUACUACGUCCCUGUCCCCCUGUUUCGAGUGAUACGGUGACAGCCUUUUGCCUUUUUGGAAGCCUAGUGGUUUCCGUUUCCGUUUCUGUUCCCGCUUCCGUUUCCGUUUAUGUUUUUGUUGCGUUUCAGUUUCAAGUUUGCUUUAAGAUUAUUAAUGUUUAGUCUCAUUCGGACGGCCUAGCAAAUUAGCGCGUAAUUUGAUAUAUUUUGUUUGACCCUUAUGCUAAUGCUUCUGUUAAUUUUAGUUUAAGUUUAGUUGUGACGAAUUGUGUAUUAUAUAAUUUUAUGCGAUUUUAAAAUGAAUGCGAAAAAAUUAAACAAAAACCA